AUGGUUGGGGUGCCAGGUCGGUCCAAAGGAUGUAAAACAUGCAGGCGACGAAAAAUUAAGUGUGAUAUGCAAGAACCACAAUGUGGACAAUGCAGAAAAAGCAGCCGUCAGUGCGAGGGCUUCAAGAAGGAAAUUGCAUUUAUUCACCGCACGCCCCAGGGACUUCUUCGGAAGGGCGAAGAACGAUCCCAGAAGCCUGCUCCUUGGGAGACUCCGGUGUCCAGUGGCCAGGAUCAAAGUGGGGUGACUUCUAUAUGGGUCGUGAAUAUGCCUCCACAGCCUAAUUGUGCUUCGAUCUAUCUUGACGGAAUGUUAAAUACAUUCCUUCGCGCUUAUCUACCCUCUUCAUCGAUUCUAAAACCAACUCAACACGCCAAUAAAAUCACAACUCCGGCAGCAUCCUGGAUGCGUGUCGCAAUUACUCUCCCCAAUCGUGGAUCACUUCUCACUGUCGCCUUGCGGGCUCUUUGUAUGACAAAAACAGCGAGAGAGAUCGGUGACCAGGUAUUACUGAGACAAGGUAUGACUGAACAUGGUCGAGGUUUGCGGAUGUUGCAGCAUGUAAUCAACGACAAAAACAAAGCAAUAUUAGACGAAACGCAGGCGGCUAUACGAGUGUUGGCAACGUAUGAGCUGCACGAGGGAACGAUUGGAAGUAUCGCCGGUUGGACAAGUCAUCAAGAAGCGGUUGAUCAGAUAGUCCAGUUGAGAGGGUCAAGCUACAGUGAAUAUGAAAGUGAGCUAGCUUAUGCGUUGCUUGCAGAAACCAGAAGAAGCGCAAUGAUGCGUGGCCUUCAAUUCUUCAAGGCCUCUUUCUUGGGUGAAGACCGAUGGUGUGCCGAGCCCUGGGGAGACAAACCAAAAGAUUAUGUCCAACAAUUAUAUGACAUUGGAUUGGUCCUGCCAUUCAUAUUCGAAGAGCUGAGAGAGAUAAAAGACCUGCGUAAAGACCCGCGACGUGAACAAAUCCAGCAAAGAUGUCAGCGCAUCGACAGCCGUUUCCACGCCUGGCACGAUAACCUCCUAAAUAUUUUCUCUGUUCUACCGUACUGCGAGCAGCCCGCAGAGCUGAUAUCACGCUCUGCCGACAUCUCGCCGGGCACAUUUACGACCUCGUUUGACUUCCUCAACCUCCACGUCGCCGACGCCAUGGCCUUCUUCUGGUCCUUGCGCAUCCUCUUGCACGCCAUUUCACGUGGCCUCUCAAUUGCUCAGGGCGCCGUGACCCAAGACAGCGAUGCAGAAAUUAUGAGCUGUGCCUGUAAUAUCGCCAAGUCAGUCCCGUAUUUCACGCAACUGACAACCGGGUUUCAGGGUAUGCAAUGGCUCAUAUUUCCUUUGAAGACAGCUUUGUCGGCCUUUCGGCAGUUGGGAUGGCACAAUGAAUGGCAAUGGACCAAGGAUGUCCUUGUGGCCAUGAAAAAUAGAGGAUUUCGUUAUGGAGAAGAUAUUGUGGAGCUUCACUGGGGGAAACGGGAUAUUCAAGGUUAA